AUGGGAGGGACUGAUGCUGCCAGCCGCCCUUUUCCGUCUCUGUCCGACCGCGUCGACGGCGAGUGCACGACAUUGUGUUGUGUCUUUUCCUCCGCCUCUUGUUUUUGUCCCCUGCGUCCUCCUGCACCGUUCUCCCUCUUCGCCUCCUCUGUGCUCAUCUUUUUGCUUGUUUUCUGUGUGGCGAUGAAAGACAUCCAUUGCUUCUUGACUUCCCGAAAGCCAUCGCCCACUUUCAUCAUUUUUCACAGUCGUCUCACCGGGCUCCCACCGGCACUGCUCUCCCCCCUUUUUGGGGUUUUGCUUUCCAGAGGGAGCGAACGCCGUGCGUCGUAA